AUGGCGGAUGAAUUUCAACUAGGCAGUACUGGUAACUGGUGGGAUACAUCAACAAGCAGAUUCGUUACUACUUCAUCAACACAAUCUUCGAUUUCUCCAACGUUAAAUAACAACAACACAUCAACCUUUGAAUGGCCGACAGAAAUCUCCGAGAUCAAACCAAGGUCUUCUAUGGAUACUUCAUCAGUUUUUCCAUUUUCUAACAAGUUGCAAGAGCGGGAUCCCAAUUUACAAAUGAUGGGAUUAGGCCUUUCUUCUCAAGGAAUGGAUUGGAAUCACUCUCUACUUAGAAGUGAAAAGGCUAUGCUUCAAGAAGAUACGAAUUUUCAGCAAGAAGCUAGUGCAGCAUCUUCUCAAGACCAGUGGACCGGGCAGAAAAUAUAUUCCGGCAGUGCUGAGGAUUCUUCAAUUAUGAAUGCUUUUAAGCAGAUUAACCGGGGUUUUUCUUUAGACCAGCCGGAAUACAGCUCUCAAAUGAACUCUAACGACACCGGAGGAACAAUAUCACAGGGCUUAACGGCGAGUUUCCAGAUGGAUUCUGCCUCCUAUGGAUUGUUAUUAUCCGAUAAUCAACUACAUCAAUCCACUUAUGAAAAUCCGGCAAUGAAUUAUCAGGGACCAGGACCAUACCCAACUAGCUUUGGGGCCAGCACGGGCGUAUUAUUUCCUCCGUCAUCUAAAUUUCCGCCGUUUUUGAGAGCAUCUGCACCAAAACAACCGCCAGCUGGUCACCUACACUUCACUAACAACACUCCUUUUUGGAAUGCAUCUGCGGCCGCCAUGAAUGACGUUCGACCAAGCUUCUUCCCAUCCUUACAACCGCAACUUCCGAUGCUGCCCUUUGAUGAAAAACCAAAGAUCACAAUGGGACCUCGGGCUGUCAGUACGAUAGCCAAGAAAAACAUGACGGAAACAUCAAAUAAGAGACCUCGGAACGAAACACCAUCACCUUUACCAGCUUUUAAGGUAAGGAAAGAGAAGAUGGGGGACAGAGUCACUGCACUUCAACAAUUAGUUUCACCUUUUGGAAAGACCGAUACAGCAUCCGUGCUUUCUGAAGCUAUCGAAUAUAUAAAGUUUCUCCAUGAUCAAGUCAAGAUGUUAAGUACCCCAUAUAUGAAAAGUGGAGCUUCCAUACAGCACCAGCAGAACUCGGAUAUAUCCAAUGAUUCAGAUCAAGGGCGGGCGCAGGAUCUUAAAAGUCGAGGACUAUGUUUAGCACCAGUUUCCAGCACUUUCCCCGUCACACAUGAAACAACAGUCGAUUUUUGGAAUCCUACAUUUGGAGGGACUUUCAGAUAA